AUGACCUCCCUUGGUGCCCAAAUUUCGUCAAAUCGAAUGCGCGGAUGUGAAUUAUCCUUUGAGCAACGUGUUUUUGCUCUUGCAAAGUAUGAAGCUGGUUGCAGUACGGCUGAAAUCGCCAACGAUCUCAACUGCACACAACGCUGUAUCCAGAAAACUAUACGCCGAUACAAGGACCGCAACCGCGUCACGUCCCUGCCUCGACUUGGUUCAAAAAAGAUACUAUCAUCUCGCGAUCGCCGUCUGUUAUCACGAAUAGUAAAAAAGAAUCCCUUUAUUGAGUAU